AUGUCGUUGUCUGUGUCAACCAACCCCACGGCGAGGGAUCGGAGUUACCAUUUAGAACCUGUUAAAGGCAACCCUGGCAGAGUAUCCGGUUUCUACCCCAGUGCGUUACCCAACUCGCAGUUCAUGGAUGUCUUCAGGAGUACACAAAGUAUCUUCCAUCCUCUCAAGUCCCUUGGACGACUGGUCACAGACACUCAAGCCGUUAUGCCUUUCAGUUUCAACGGAGUCCAGUCCUUUUUCAACCACAAUAGCCACCAGACAUCUGUCCUUCAAGAGCAAGUCUAUAACGUGUCAAGCAUUCCGUAUCUUAACAGAAUGCCGCCUACCCCACAUACCGUGUUCUCCAAGCACGAGGAAUUAGUCACCAGAGCCGCGGGACACAUAGCGGGAUCCCUGUCGGAAUUCAGCAGUCCGUCAAGCCAGAAAUCAUCUUCUCCUUCGAAGGACAGUAUCUUUUAUCUUCGCAACUCCAAUUCAAUCAUUGAGAAAACUAACACGUUUUGUUUCAGUGAAGAAGAUUUGUUCAAAGUUCUCUACGGUUACUCUAAGAAACAAGAGCAGAGCACGGGUCAUGCCAUAUCUGGCUUGGUCUUCCCUGGAAAUACAGUGCCUGAAACUCACUUUCCGCUGUUGGAUACAGAGGCACUUGAACUACCUGACGGAUUAUGUAUACUUCAGACAAAGUAUGUAGAUGUACCGCACUAUGGGAUUUUCGCAAACAAAACCGCCAUUCCAAAAGGGACAAGAUUUGGCCCUUUCCAAGGGAAGUUGGUGAAUACCAGCGAGAUCAAAACCUAUGAUGACAAUACAUUGAUGUGGGAGAUCUUUGAGAAUGGGCGCUUGAGUCACUUUGUGGACGGCAGGGGAUCUUCAGGAAACUGGAUGUCACUCGUAAAGUGCGCCCGAUUUCCAGAGGAGCAGAAUCUCAUAGCGAUCCAAAGCCAGAGUCAGAUCUUUUACGAGACUUGCAAGGAAAUUCGACCACAGCAAGAGCUUCUUGUCUGGUAUGGUGACUGUUAUGUGCAGUUCCUCGGAAUCCCACUGACACUGAAGGAAAUGAUGAACGAGGGAAACACACUGCUUUCAACCGAAGAUUCAGAGGGUUUCAAAUGUGAUCGAUGCGGGAAAGUCUUCGCCUAUAAAUACUACAGAGAUAAACAUUUAAAAUACACCCGCUGCGUGGAUCAAGGAGACAGAAAGUUCCCUUGUCAUCUUUGCAACCGAUCAUUUGAAAAGCGAGAUCGACUCAGGAUUCACAUUUUGCACGUUCACGAGAAACACAGGCCUCACAAGUGUUCCGUGUGUGGGAAAAGUUUCUCUCAGUCUUCCAGCCUGAACAAACACAUGCGCGUGCAUUCAGGCGAGCGGCCGUACAAGUGUGUUUACUGUAAUAAGGCAUUCACGGCCUCAAGCAUCCUACGGACGCAUAUAAGGCAGCAUUCUGGUGAGAAGCCUUUCAAAUGCAAGCAUUGCGGGAAAGCCUUCGCCUCUCACGCGGCUCACGAUAGUCACGUGAGGCGAACCCAUGCCAAAGACAAGCCACACUCAUGUGAAGUAUGUGGCAAUGCUUUCCAAGAAGUUCAAGAACUCAGAUAUCACAUGCAAAGUCAUAAAGCGGAGCGACCCGUUUUAGAUGCCACCGUUUCGUCACCAAUCCCGCCAAACCCCUCUUCGGAAGAUGUUGAUUUGUUUCCCAUAAGAAAAGAAUGCUCUAGGACACAAAAUCAACUGGCUGAAAAUUACUCAUACACUGGACUUGCUUCGCUAAACCCAGAAUACCGACCAUGGAAUUAG